AUACUGCCCAACCCUUCCGUUCCGGAAGCCGCAAAUAAACAGAACUGCUUCGCAUUAGGUCUGGGAGUCAAUAUAUUUAAGAUGAGGGAAAUUGUUCACAUCCAGACUGGGCAAUGCGGAAAUCAGAUUGGGUCGAAGUUCUGGGAAACCAUCUCCGAGGAGCAUGGCAUUGAUCCUACGGGAUCCUACCACGGCGACGCCGCUACCCAGCUGGAGAGGAUCAACGUGUACUACAACGUGGGCUCAAAGGGCAUGUACGUGCCACGCGCCGUCCUCGUCGACUUGGAGCCCGGGACCAUGGACGCAGUGAGGACGGGCCCCUUCGGCCGUCUGUUCCGCCCCGACAACUUCGUGAACGGGCAGAGCGGCGCCGGCAACAACUGGGACAGGGCCAUACAGGAGGGCGCGACUCGUGACCGCCCGUGCUGGAGUGGUCGAAGGCGGCGAGGGUGCGACUGCCUGCAGGGCUUCGCUACGCACGAUCGUGGGCGGCGGCACGGGCUCCGGCAUGGGGCACGUUGCUCAUUUCAAAGGUCAGCGAGGAGUACCGACGGAUGCAUGAGAUGUACUCGUGUCGUGCCUUCCCCCGAAAGGUGUCGGACACGUGAUCGUGGAAGCCGUGACAACGCCACUUGUCGGUCCAAUCAGCAUUGUCGAGAACCGCACGAGACUUCGUGCAUCGGACACGAAGCCUGUACGACAUCUUCCCGGUCACCACCUGCCUGCGCUUCCCUGGCCAGCUCAGUGAACAGCCGACCUGAGGAAGUUGGCCGUUGUGAACAUGUGCUUUCCCGCAGGCUGGACUUCUUCGUGCGGCUUGCCGUGACGGCGCGUGGCGGCCAGCAGUACCUCGCCGUGACCGUGGCUGAGCUCAUGCAGCAAAUGUUCGACGCCAAGAACAUGAUGGCGGCGUGCGACCCCCGCCACGGGCGCUACCUCACCGUCGCCGCAGUGUUCAGGGGUCGCAUGUCGAUGAAGGAAGUGGACGAGCAGGUGAUGAACAUGCAGAACAAGAACAGUAGCUUCUUCGUCGAAUGGAUUCCCAACAACAUGAAGACGGCGGUUUGCGACAUUCCGCCGCGGGGCCUCAAAAUGGCCGCUACCUUCAUGGCCAACACCACCGCAAUUCAGGAAGUUUUCAAGCGCAUAUCGGAGCAGUUCACUGCUAUGUUCAGGCGCAAGGCUUUUCUGCACUGGUACACGGGCGAAGGCAUGGACGAAAUGGAAUUUACCGAGGCAGAAUCAAACUUGUGCGACCUCAUUUCUGAAUACCAGCAAUAUCAAGAAGCUACAGCAGAAGACGACUUCGAGGAAGAUCUGGAAGAGAUAGAGGAAGAGCAUUUAUAA